CAAAGCGCCACUGUAACGUUGAUCAAUCAAGAACAUGCCAACGCCAAUGGCGAACGUAAACAAUUUUUCGAAAGCGACAUGAUAUUCGUCAGAUUCAUCCAUGGUGUUACGAAAGGAUCACUCUGACACAGGUGUAUUAGCAUGCCCCCGUCAGGUGUGAGUGGUAUGAUGGAUGAAGAAGCUCUCAUAGAGGCAGAGAUUCAGCAGCAGCUUCAGCAACUUGAUGUAGAGGAUGAUGAUGAUAAUCCUGGCCAGUGGGACAAUGUUGCAGUUAUUCCUGCGCUGCAAGAUGAUCGAGUGGUCAGUCCCCAGGAGGAAGACAUCGACAUUCCACCAGAAAUGGACAAUUACUUCAGACUUCUCAACAAACAGACAAGGGCAUUUGAAGAGGAGCUGGAGGAAUGUGACGACCUCAUCAACUAUAAACAUGGACAGAAUUCCAAAGCCAUUGUAGCUGUAGAAGACCUGGAACUGUUGAAUGAGGUAGCAAAUGCACAAGGUGAAGACCCAGAGGACCUCCGCAGGAAAAUUUUGGAGGAGAUAUCAAGGACAACAGAGGAUAUGACUGGUGCUGACCUGGAAGCAGAGCCCAUUGUGAUGGCUGGUAUUGGUGAUGGGCCGGGAAACCAGGAACCGGGAAUUGAUGAUGAAAAGGCAUUGGUUCUGGUCGAUGAAAGACAACUGGCUUUUCAGAAAGAGAUGAGGGAACAGAUUGAUAACGUGGAGAAACAGUACAGGAUUAGAGAAGAGAGGCUGAAGGCUACUCUGGAAGAAGAGAAGAGGGUAUCAGAGAUAUACACUAAAGAAGUAGAGGAACAAAGACAACAGAAACGUCAACAACUGGAGAGAGAGGUCACCACUUUAGCUAAAGAAAGACUGGUGGAGCAGGAGAGAUUGGAGGAGGAUGAGAGAAAAACCAAUGAACAACAGAAGAAAGCACUGCUACAACAUGAGAAAAACCUGAAGAAGUUAACUGAAGAGAUAGAAUCGGAACACAAAACAUACGAGGAGAGAAGGAAACAGGAAGAGGCAAAUAAACAACAGAGAAGGGAACAGGCUGCUACUAAAAUACAGUCUGUCUUCAGAGGCUACAGCAUUAGGAAAGAAAACAAAGCUUUAAAAGAAAUCCUUAAAGAGAAUGUUGAAGUUCGAAAAAAGGAACAUGAGGAGGAAAAAAUAAGGAAGGCAGAAGAAAUGAUUCAACACAGAAGAGAGAUAAUGGAAAAGGAAGAAGAAACAAAAAGACUGGAAUUUGAAGAGAAAGAAAUGGAAAAGGAAGAGAAAAAACGAAAAAAGGAAGAGGAAGAAAGGCAGAAAGAGGAAAAGAAGCGACAAAAAGAGGAAGAAAAAAGGAAAAGAGAGGAACAGAAAAAAUUAGAAAAAGAAAGAGAAAUGGAAGAGAAAAGAAGGAAAAAGGAGGAAGAAGAAAAAAGAAAACAAGAAGAAAAACUGAGAAAGGAAGAGGAAAGAAAACGUCUUGAAGCUGAAAAAGAGAGAAAAAAGGAAGAAGCAAGGAAAUUAGAAGAACAGAAAAGACUUGAGGAAGAAAAAGAAAAAGAGAGAAAGCAACUAGAGCAGAGAAAAAAGGAAGAAGAAAAGCUUGAAAUAGAAAGAAAACAGAAAGAGGAGGAAGCGAGAAAACUAGAAGAGGCAAGAAAAAAGAAAGAAGAGGAAGAGAGAAAAGAGCAAGAGGCAAGAAAACAGAAAGAGGAGGAAGAAAGAAAGCUGGAAGAAGCAAAGGAGCAAAAACUUAAGGAAGAAAAACAAAAACUAGAAAAGGAAAACAGGAAAAUACAAGAAAGUUUCAAGGAGAAUAUUGAGCAAACUACUCCAAGAAGUAGUAGGAGGGAAGGAGGGACAAGUAGCCGGUCAAGUAAACACAGCACCCACAAUCCACUUACUCAGUCUACAGAUCAGGAGGAGAAGAAAAGGAAAAGUGAGCAACGAGCAAUGAUGCUAGGUCUGCCAGACAGAGCUGAGAUACGGAGGCUGGAAUGGAUCAAGUCCUGUAUACCUUGGAGUAAAGUGAGCAAUGAACCCUGGAAGUUGAAGACCACCACUAAGAAGCCAUCCAGACGACCAACCUCGGCCAAGAAGUUAGAACCACUUGACAAGUUUAUAAUAACGUCAGCUGCUCAGGUGGACACUCUCCGACAGGUGACCACUGUCCAGCUACAAGACCUACCUGGGUGUGAUCUGUCCACUCUUGGUCAGUGUUGGGGCCUGAAGUACCUGUCAAUGACCAACUGUAACUUGGUGGCAGUGGACGGGCUACAGUCCUGUAAACAGCUUCAGCUUGUUUACUUCAAGCACAACUUUAUAGAAUAUGUAGACUUGAAGGACCUCGGGAACUUAACUUACGUGAAUAUAUCUCACAACAAAUUAAGUGUCAUACAUGGGCUGGAGGGGUGUGGAAAUCUACGCUGGUUAGACCUGUCCCACAACAGACUCACACGGAUAGGGGGUUUGUACCCUUUGCGGCGUUUACAUACUGUCAACCUGUCACACAACCAGCUGAUCAGUACCACCAGUUUGGGGGACACGCCCACUGUCCAGGUCCUAGACCUCUCUCAUAAUCACUUACAAGACUGUCAGGACAUCAGCAGGCUGUGUCUCCUCCAGAUCCUCAAGCUAUCCUCGAAUAAUCUUCUUCAGCUCCCUGACCUGAAGAACCAGGUGCUCCUACAGACAUUGUGUUUAGAGGACAACAGCCUUACCUGUAUCAAGGGGCUUGCACUCUGCUGGUUCCCCCUAUUACAGAAACUUGACCUUAGUCAAAACAGCACUGAACAUCUAGUCAACUUUGAAGUGUUCCAUUUACUGCGGGAUGUGGAUGUCGGUAGUAACCAAAUUAUGGAUCCUGAGGUGCUGAGUAAGUGUUUAUGUGGCUGUGUGUAUCUAGAGAAACUAGGAGUGAUAGACAACCCUGCCUUGGAGGACGAUCCAGAUCUUAGGUCUAAACUUGCCGAGCUGUUUCCAAGGCUGUCAUCACUUGACAGUGCUGAGUAUGCAGGGUCACAUGAUGCCUCUUCACCAAUCAGACCACGUAACAGUUUUGAGGCCAUGUGUGUGAUCCAGGCCAAAGUUUUUCAGGAUGCCAUAAAUAAACUGGAUCAGGACCUCAAAUCGAUGGAAAGCCAAGGUCAAGCCGACUUAUGUAAUAUGUAUGACAUUCACUACAAGUUUUGUGAUAAGAUGUAUCAAGUGGCUGUCGAGUAUCGUAACUCUCAUGAAUAUGGUGAGGUGACAAUGACUGUACCUACAGCUCCAUCUACACCAAGAACUGUUAGCCAUCCUCGGUCAGGGAGGGCCAAACCUGCACCUGUCGUCAGGGAGGAUCAGUACAUCAGUCCCAAGGAGAUGUUUGAGCGCGCUCUCCAAGGUGGAAAUACCUCGGUUAACAACAGCCAUGGAGGGGGUACUAAUACAGGGAGGGAACCAAAGAUUACUGCUGAUAUGGUUGGGAAGUUUCUGGAGAGAGACAGAGAUUCUGAAACAUAUAGGCUCCAGAGGGAGAAGUCGGCCAUUAUGAUACAGGCCGCCUGGCGAGGGUACCGUGUGAGGAAGAGGUUACUAGUCGAUGACCUACAGGUCCCUCAGGGCAUGUCUGAUAUAGAUUACGAGGUGUUACAGGAAUUACACCAGGCAGCCACUAAAAUACAGGCUGCGUUUAGAGGGUAUAACCUCAACAAACUGGAAAAGGCGUUAGAGUUUGCUCGCUUUGAUGAAUCCGAAGAGGAGGAUUUUGAUGAGGUGGAUUUGGGUGAAUUUAAUUUUGAUGAGAACAUGCUGGAUGACUGGAAACCGCCAGAAACACCCCAGAUACCUGCAAGCCAUGCUGUCCUGGGAAAACCUCCGUCAGGCAAACUACCUCCUGCAGGCCACAUUCCUUACUUGGACCUUGGAGACAAGCCCCACCCCCCAGGACAGCCCAGAAAAGCAUGGAGAGGAAUGGACUCCCCUCUAUCUAACAUACAGUCAUCUCAGCGCCACCCCAGGCCUCCUUCCUCUCUAGCCAGUGGAACUAUCAGUGGAAUGGACAGUCACCGCUCAGUCUUGUCGAAAAAAGAGGAGAAAAUCACUGAGGAAUGGGGAUUCAAAGACAAUCAAACGGCCAUUUUGAUGAUGCAGAGAGCAAAGAAAAUGAAGUAUAAUGCUGAACGGAGAAAGAAACUUGGCAAAUUAGAUCCCAAACAGAGGUUGGCAUUGUUCAGGAAGCUUGAAGAGACAACUAAUAUUAGGACAGUGGUCCAACCGUCCAGGAAAACUCUGCCACGUAAAGAAUACUUUCAAGCACGCCAGCAGGAGAUUGAAAGAAAAGAUCUGGAGAGGAAGGUUGAAAACAAUAACCGCACCAAGCGUACUUUCGAGUGGAUACACACACAGGUUGGGGACUACCAGGUGACAGACUCCCGCAUCAACAAGCCACCGAAUGAGAAUCUGAGGAAUUUCUAUGGCAGUGAGGGAAAUCUACCAAAGAUGACUGCGGAAGUUACAUCUGGACGGCCAGUCAGGCUUGUGAGUCCUGCGAUGGACCUCCAGUCUGUUGACAGUGCAAGUUACUAUGGUGAUACCGUCCACAACCCCCGACGAUUCUCAGCAGGAUCUGAUGCCAGUUCUACCAGGUUACCACCCAUCAAAACAGGUUCUGCUCCAUCUGUUAGGGGGAAAGAGAAGAUGUCCUGGCGCAGGAAGGAAGCCAAUAAAAGUAUUGGUUGGGGAGGUGGCAAAAAACGUAGUCAUCUCGGUUAAUUAGACGUUUAGUAUAAAAUGUGAAUGUUAGGAAAGACAGGCUUUGCAUGGCAUACACAAGUACACCCAUGGCUUCAAGUUAGGAAUGUUUUCAACUGCAUUAUGUGCUUAAUUGUAAUAAACACAUUAUAUUAGUAGAAUUCAGGGUUUCAGUAAAACUUUGAAAUGAAAUUUGACAGUUUGUUUGAGAGAAAGAAAUUUGCUGGACCCUAGGUUGUGAAAAAGCUAGUUUGACACUUCAAAUUUUAAAGAAAAAGUUGAUUUCUGAAAUUGCUUUAGCUAUGAAUGCAUGGUUGACUGGAAGCUGUGUUUUAUUUGAUAAAGAUGUAGGAGAUCAUUUAUGUUAUUAAGGUUUUAUUCGAGUUGUAAUUCACACUCAUAACAUUUUAAAUCUAUAUGGUUGCUACUUGCUGCAGUAUUGAGUUUGAGAUCCACAGAUUUGACAUUUUUAGGUCGAUAUGGUUGUUUAGACUUAAUGACGUUUUGAGUUACGGAUCAACAUUGCAAGAUUUUUUUAUUUACCUACAACAGUGUGCUUUAUGUUAUCUUUUAAUUGUAUUGAUCAAAAUCAAGUACCAUGUUCUAAAAGCUUAAAUGUGUCAUAUGGAGGAGUUAAGUUUUCUUUGUCUUCAAAUACAUAUAAAUGUAACUCAAAUUUCAAAGAUGACCUGUAAUUCUGAAAAAAAUCAGAAUGGUUUACAAUUUUAAUAAAAUCUGUAAACAUCUGCAAUUAAUAGAAUUAUUGAAGAAAAGUUUGAAAGGUUUGCAUUAAGAUGAGUAUCACAACAUUUUUCUUAAACUACUUACUAAUAGAUAUAAUACAAUCACAGAUACAAUACUUUAUUUUACUGCAAAUAAAACAAUCCCCUUCCAGUGAACAGAUAUUGACUAGCAGUGUGUGCUUGUGUAUGUGUGUGUUUGAGUGGGAGUGUGGGGGAGGGGGAAGGGGCUUAUUUGCAGUGAAGUAAAAUAUGGUACGUAAUGAAAUAUCUUCCAGUUCUUUAUAUUAUCCUCCAGUUCAACAUACAUGAAUAAGACUUAUUUUUGGGAUGGGGAUGCUGGAAAACCAAACUUUUCUGUGAUUUUCCAUUUUAGAGGUAUUAAAGCAGCAUAUUACAAUACGCAUAAUUUAAAGUAGAAAUGAUGAAAUGUAUAUUAAGAAGCUAGAAUUAAGGGUUUACAAUUUUGCAUCUGACUUUGUACAUGCACUCUGCCAUAACAUGUUUAUGUUUAUAUCCUGCAGUUUAUGCCAGAAGCCUGGUUAUGGUACUCAUACAUAUAUGAAUAUACAAUUAUUGUCAUAAUAAGAGGUACUGGGGCAUUUAUGUCAUUUACUUGUAUAACCUAAAGUUUAGCUUUUCAGUGUAGCUUUUGAAGCUUUGUCCUGAAACAGUGUUAAAUAUCAUACACAUUGUAUAUCUAUAUUCUCCUGUUACCAGGAUAGACUAAGUGUUGCCUUAUUCUAUUGUCUCAGUCUGUGAUUCUAUUGUCUCAGUCUGUGAUUCUAUUGUCUCAGUCUGUGAUUCUAUUGUCUCAGUCUGUGAUUCUAUUGUCUCAGCCUGUGAUACUAUUGUCUGAUUAUGAUUCUAUUGUCUCAGUCUGUGAUUCUAUUGUCUCAGUCUGAUUAUUUUGUCACAGUUUGUGAUUCUAUUGUCUCAGUCUGUGAUUCUAUUGUCUCAGUCUGUGAUUCUAUUGUCUCAGUCUGUGAUUCUAUUGUCUCAGUCUGUGAUUCAAUGUCUCGAUCUGUGAUUCUAUUGUCUCAGUCUGUGAUUCUAUUGUGUCAGUCUGUGAUUCUAUUGUCUCAGUCUGAUUAUUUUGUCACAGUUUGUGAUUCUAUUGUCUCAGUCUGUGAUUCUCUUGUCUCAGUCUGUGAUUCUAUUGUCUCAGUCUGUGAUUCUAUUGUCUCAGUCUGUGAUUCUAUUGUCUCAGUCUGUGAUUCUAUUGUCUCAGUCUGUGAUUCUAUUGUCUCAGUCUGUGAUUCUAUUGUCUCAGUCUGUGAUUCUAUUGUCUCAGUCUGUGAUUCUAUUGUCUCAGCCUGUGAUACUAUUGUCCGAUUCUGAUACUUUUGUCUCGAUCUGUGAUCAGUAUGUCAGAGGUACAGUGUGUCUGUGAUCAGUAUGUCAGAGAUACAGUGUGUCCGUGAUCAGUAUGUCAGAGGUACAGUGUAUAAUGAAUUUUGAGUACAUUAUCAGCUACCUGUAAAAAGUCAAUGUCAUGAUACUUUUCAUAAACUGCUGUACUCGGUAUUAGAGAGUACAUAGUGCGAGAAGAAAAACUGAAAUAUAUGUUCGAGGUCCUUUUCGUUUUUGCGGUUCAAAUUGCUUUAUUAAUUUUAUUUUUCUAGCGAGCUCUGACAAAAAAUUUAAGUUCUGUAUCAAUAUUUGGUGGUCUGUCAAGAGUUUUGCCUGACAUGUUGCAUUAAUGAACCAGUUUGUCCGCAUAAACAAAAAUGUCCUAAAUGUAAGUUAUUUCCUGUAGUUAUUACUGCUAAAAUGUGAGUUAUUUUUAUGUUAUUUAUUAAUUGAACACCAAAUGUGUUAUUCAGUAUUUCACAUACACGUUAAUAAAAAUACAAAAUUGCUUAAGUCA